AUGGCAACACUUUGCAUUUUGUGGUUCACUGCACUGUUUGGCUGGAACAAGCUCUCUGCCGAACUAGCUUGUUCCUUUUGGAGAAUGGAGAAAAACGAAAAAAAUAUGGUUGGGAUGCAAAUCUCCAGUGCGGCUGUGACAAAGGAUGACUGCUUCCGUUUAUGUUAUAAGAUGUCCGGCUGCAAGUACAUUGAAUACGAGAAUGAUUCUUGCGACCUCUUCACGGAUGACAACGCUGUUCAACACACAUUCAGAAAAGAAGCGUACGUUAUUGGAAGAGGCGCAGAGAUUGAUGAGAGCUGUGAACGUGAUGUAGUCCUUGACGAACCAAGGUUGGACGGACUUUCUACAGCCACCGAACGUGAUUUGCUAACAUCUUCGUCGAAUUUGGCAGAGUCAACAUUCGCAGGCCCGGAAUUGACGACAGUUCCUGCAUAUGAGCUUCUCGGUUGGGAGUACUACCACGAAACGAAUAUGUGCUAUAAGAAGUUCCGGGUGGCCGGUGGCGGUAAUCAAGAUGUAAAGGAAUCAGAGAAAAAUUGCACUGGUUACGGAGGGAAUUUAGCGUCAAUUCAUUCUGCGGCACAAAACAAUUUUUUACAGCAGAUGCUCCCCAUCACCCCCUGUGUGAUCGGAUUGAAAUUUGUUGAAAAUCAAUGUGGCGUUGCUCAUCGUUAUUGGUCAGAUUCUUCCGUUGUCAAUUUCGAAAAUUGGGAACCAGGAGAACCAAACAAUAAUAUGUGUGAGCAGUUCUGUACAUAUCUGCAAAGUGAUGGAACGUGGAACAAUUAUAGAUGUGAUGCUAACAGUGCAUUCGUCUGUGAAACUGAUAAUAUUGUCUACUGCCCUCAACGCAGAACGUGA